UAUCUCCGCUUUCCAUCAAAACUUAAAGUUGUUGUGUUAAUCUUUCAUCCAUCAUCACGAUCUGUGCUACAUCAGGGUGAUGCAAGAGCAGGAUGAUGCUGUACCGCGAUCACCAGUCACAGCCAGCAAGAUAGUGUUUCCACCUCUUCAAACCAAAUUCGCCGUACCUCCCGGAGCUUUGUUGGCACCGAAAAAUCAAAGUUCCGAUGGUGGUAAACCGUACAUUUCAAAAAGUGGAUUUGAGAAUUUGGCAACAUCUUCGCAUUUCGUCAAAUGUCUUCGUGAGGAUCGUGAGAAGUUGUUGAGUGCGUUUGUCCGGGAGUGGAAAGAUCGGAAGGAGGCGGUGAGGAAGGAGGCAACGGAAGUGGACGACAAUCCCAAAGGCAAGCGAAGAGCAACGGGAUCUACGGAAAUCCCAUUUCAGAUCUUUAAGCGGAUAUUCGAGCAGCAAGGCUGGCAUCUGGCCCAGUUGUUUUGGAGCGAGCAUGAUGCAACCAGAUUGGCAAUGUAUACGUCGACCAUUCGAAUCUUUGCAGAGCCAUUGCAAUCCCUUAUUCCGUUUGUGUCAGGAAGCAGUCCUGGUCAUGACACCCUACUACGUGCAUGCGGAUCCGUGUUUGCUAUGUAUCUGCUGCAAUCAACAUCGAUCAUAGAAGAAAGAUAUCGUCAUACGCCUGGCAAUGGUGUUCGUCUUCCACUAGAGGCUGACUUGUUGAUGGUCUUAAACAAAUUGCCUGACCUCGCAGGUGCAAUUCUACAAGAGCCCAUUGAUCAAGAUGGACUACGACCGAUUGAUGAUUUGAUCUUUGUUAUACGUGAAUUGCAAGCUCCUUCCGACCUUGGUUGCCACGAAAGCGUUCAUGGCUCCUCUGUUGAUGUUCUUCUUCCAACGCAAUACAAAGCAAGACCAGCACUUAUAUCAACCACGUUCACUACAAGAUCCGAGGUAGAUAGAGAAGGAGGAGAGUAUGGAUCAAUCAGGGAUUUGGAAAACAACUCCACGCAUGCUCUCAAUCGAAUAGAGAUGGCACAUGCACUAGUUCGCAAAGCGAUAGGAAUGCCACUCCUUUCGAUGAAUCCCUCCGAUGAAGAAGAUCGAUUUCUCACGAAAAAUCUGGACGGAGAUGUAGAGUAUGAUCCAUCUUCGAAAGCACGACAGUCUACUCAUUGGAGAUCAGCACAAUACGUAGGCGCGCCAAAUACUGCUCAACAAGACAAGCUUGCGAAUUUACUGGAAGAGAUGGAUCGGGUCCGACAGACAUAUCACGAUCAAGCCAAAGCCGUUUUUGGCAAAGAAAGCAUCACAACGGAUGACCACUCAGAGUCGAAUGAACGGCCUCAUGCAAACAGCCUCGAGAGCAAGAUCUUAGCCCGAGCCAAAUUGCGAACCCGUAAACAGAUCGCACAAAAGCUUCAGUCUGCCGCGCAGAGAAGAUCGCAAAAGUAGGUCAAGGUCUUCGCAUACCAUUCCAGAUCACCAACUCUCCUUCUCCUCAAACAAUUACGUUUACCCGUGCAUGUAUUGUACCCUUCUCUACUGUAUCAUACCGCAAUUGUAAGAAUGUAUUAUAUUACUCGAAAUGUACCAAAGCUUACUCCUUCUAGUAGAUAACGCAUUUAAUCAUCCUCUGAUCGUUCUGCUAGG